AUGGCGCAAGGAUUGGACGGCAUUUUUGCAGAGCUAGGCAUCUCGCAGUAUCUGGACAUCUUCCUGGAGCAAGGAUUCGAUACGUGGGAGACGAUACUGGACAUAACAGAGUCUGACUUGGACGCACUUGGAGUCAAACUAGGACACCGACGUAAACUGCAGAGACGUAUUGCCAAUUCUCGUGGCCUUGCCCCGGAUGCAUCACUAGUAUCGCCCACAAGAGCAAGUGCAGAAGAGUCAAAGCCUGAGACACAACGUCCUGAGCAACCCCGACUCGAGGUCAAAGAGGGACCCGUUGCUACGAAGCGAAAGUAUCGACGUCAUCCUAAGCCUGAUGAGAAUGCACCAGAAAGACCACCUUCAGCCUAUGUGCUGUUCUCAAACAAAAUGCGUGAUGACCUUAAAGGUCGGAACUUGACUUUUACCGAAAUAGCCAAGCUUGUCGGGGAGCAUUGGCAAAACUUGACUCCCGGCGAGAAAGAGCCAUACGAAACUUCUGCCUUGAAGGCAAAGGAGAAGUACAACCACGACUUGGCCGAGUACAAGAAGACAACAGAGUAUAGGAAAUACAACCUGUACCUACAAGAUUUUAAGGCACGGCAAGCCUCCGCAAAUCAAGCAAAAGAGUCGUCGAAACGUCAAAAGCUCGACUCGGGGGCUCGGCUGCAAAAUGGAGGUAGCGCAAGUGCCACACCCGGGAGCCUCAGUAGCACGGGGAGUGGUACUGAGAGUCACCAAGGAAGCGAGCCUCCUCCUAACCGCAAGCAGCGUGUGGGUUCCGUGGUGUCGAUAUCCGAAUCUCAAUACUCGACAGCCGUGCCGACCCCAAUUUCCCAUCAUCAUCAUCCCAACGAUGAUUCCGUACAUUCCCCUGCCAGCGUCCAAUUCGAUCGAGAGAGCUUGCACUCCACAAGUCCCCAGCCAGUCGCACUUCCGCACCUUCCUUCACUCUCGGAUGUGUUCAAUAACGGACGAGGUUUGAACGGCGUCUCCAGGUCCCCUGAGGCAAACGGCUUUGGCGGCUUUGCGCCCCCAACACACGCUGGCCCUUCCGCACCGCCAACGUUGAAGCACGAAUAUUCCUCCGCAGGGAGCAUUUCAUCGUCCGGUUCUGGGCUGUCUUUCCCCCGGACACCAAGUGAAUCCUCUCUACCGAUUCAUGCGUUGUUGUCGAACAAGACCUUGCCAGGUCCUCCUUUCGAACUGCAACCCUCCCCGUUCUCGACUGUGCCACCUACUGGACCCCCACCCCUCCAGGAACAAAAGCCGCCCUUCGCUGGGCAGCAACAAGCUCCGAUUGGGGCAUCGAAUGGUACUCACGGUCAACCCAAGCAAGGCUUUCCGCAGAGGCUAAUGAGGUUUCAAGGUUAUCAAUCCCCACCUGCCUUACUGAGAUUCCAGUCUACCUCCUCAACAGGGACUGAUGGAUCAAACGUGUCGCAAGCAUCGUCGGGCGCUUCUUCGUCGACGUCGCUCGGUGUUCAGGAGAGGAGUGAUUCGAAGCUCGAUGGUAUGAGCGCGCUGGUGCGGGCAGGCGAAAUCGUGAACCGGCGAGUUUAG